GAGCCGGCGCCCGCGCUCGGACCGUGCACGGCGCCCGCGGCCGGCGCUGCCCCAUGCACUGCGGCAGAAUGAUACAGAUCUUGGAUCCGAGACCCCUGCCAACCCCCAUCAUGCCUGUGGAUGUGGCCAUGAGAAUUUGCUUAGCCCAUUCACCACCGCUGAAGAGCUUCCUCAGCCCCCUUGAGGACUGUCAAAGAAACAACUUCGUUAACAGAUUCAAACCUCUUCGCCCAUGCCUCAAUGUGAAACGUGACUCCGAAGCGCAGAAGAGCGACUGGAAACGCCCGUCGGCCGGAGCCAAGAAGCGAGUCGUGUUUGCGGACUCGAAGGGGCUGUCCCUGACAGCCAUACACACCUUCUCCGAGUGUCAGGAGCACCCCGUGUGGGACCUGCAGUUUGACUUGCUAGGCCUUGAGAACAUCACGUCUAGCUUAAAGCUACAUGAAGAGAAAAACUUGAUUCUGGGUUUCCCUCGACCCUCGGCUGACUACCUGGACUUCCGGAACCGCCUGCAGAAGAACUUUGUCUGUCUGGAGAACUGCACCCUCCAAGAGAAGGUACUGUCGGGGACUGUCAAAGUAAAAAACGUGAGCUAUGAGAAAAAGGUUCAGGUUCGAAUAACCUUUGAUACCUGGAAAACUUACACGGACGUUGAGUGUGUAUACAUGAAAAAUGUUUAUGGCGAUUCUGACAACGACACCUUCUCAUUUACCAUUGACCUGCCUCCUGCCAUUUCCUCUCAAGAGAAGAUUGAGUUUUGUGUUUCUUACCAAAGUGGAGAACACAUCUUCUGGGACAAUAACGAGAGUCAGAAUUACAAGAUUCUCCAUGCAGAGUGGAAACCUGAUGGUGUUCAAAUACCAUCCGCCAGGGAAGACUAUACAGAUCUUCAGGCUCCAAGGAAAGCACAAGAGAGAGAGCCUGAUCAAUUAGGCAGUCCAAGGAUGUCCAGUGGUCUCUUCCCCCAGUGGCAGAGCUUGGGAGGGAUUGAAAAUUCAUCACCAUAUUGGUGAUAGAUACUAACUAGGAAGUAUUCUUCCAUUCAGCAACAGAACAGUGUUAGUUUCCUGGUUCAUGUAUAAUAUAUCAAAACCACCCUGCAGGCUCUGACUGUAUACAAAUCCACUAGUAUGUGGAACUUUAACUAUAUUAUAAAGUUCUUAGCCAAAACUUAUCCUUGGAAAGAAAGGAAAGCAGAAUAAAGCCCAUGUGCCUGCCACCUGCCAUAGAAAUAGCAUGCCUGUAUCUUAAAAAUAUGCUGCUUGCUUUCUGCUAUUCCUUUUCCUCACUCACUAGACAAGACCGUCAGGAAGUACAAGAGGUGAUGGUAUCUUCGCAAGCUGUAGUAACUGUGUGCGCGCAAGAGUACGUGAAUGGAAUGCCACAAUUUUUGUGCCUGGUAGGAGCAUGGUAGAGAGGAGGUGAUGCUGUCAGUAUGGGGGCUUGCUGUGGAACCCCUUCAUGCUUGUAGCAGAGGCAGGUAAGGAGUGCAUGGCUAGGGCUUGUGGCUUCAAGACAGGCUAAAAAACUUGGGGGACAAUAAUGGAGAAGUGGGAGAAGGGCAAGAGGAAAGGUGUGUAGAGGUGCACAACUUACUUUUCUUUUCAAAGCUGGUCUUCUAAAAUUAUCAGAAAAAUCUAUUUAAGAAUAAGAAUGCAGAAAACAAUGCAAAAUAAAUGAAAGUGAGCGGUGAAAAUGACCGCUACUUUGAGAGGACAUCUGUGUCUAUAUCUGCCUUGUGAAUAAUAAGUAUCUUGCAUUGAAGAACAAGUCUAACCUUGGCUUUUACCUUCAUCCUACUCACUUAGCAGGCAGACAGUUACCUUCUAAUGUUGAAAGAAAAAAUGUGCCUUAAAGUAACACAACCCUAAAUGUUAAAAGUAAUAGCUGGAGCCAUGGCUAGUCUACAAAGCAGACCAAGUGAUUUGCAGACAUCCUAGUCUCUAGUGGCAUUACAUGAUUUGACUACUCACCUGAUCCAAUCUUAGUGUCUAAUAGUUGACUGUCCUGCCCCAUAUUGCAAAGUUAUCCCUAACUUUUCAAAAUUGUAUAACAUAGGCAAGGUCCUUCAUAUUGAAGACAGUGAAUUAAAGAAACUAGCUUUUACCAAGUAGAGUUAAAAAGAGCAGGGUUGCCACUAGUUUUUUCUAGAAAGAAUAUAGGCUUGCACAUAAAUAGAACUCUAUUUUAUUAUACCUCAUUUUUUAAGUUGAAAUUUUUGUUUUUGUUUUUUUAGACUGCUGUAAACUAAUGUAUAUAUUUUCUAUAUGUGCUUAUAGAUUAGCUUUCUCAGCUAUAAAACUGUAAAGAUAACCUGUUUCUUACAAGGUUCAUGUGGGAGACUAUCCAGUACAUACUCAUUACUGGCAUACCUUCACUUAGCUAUACAGAGGUGGUGUUAACAUCAAAAUGCAAGUCACUUUUUUGCCUACUGCUAAAAAGUAUAAUAUCCUGAGUCUGAAACUACUUGCAAUGCAAUGAAAAGAUAAACAUGAAGGUGAAAUGAGCCUCUUCCACUAAUUGCACUUUUUCCUGUAUAACCCUUGCUGUUCUGUGUAAACUAGUCAUUUUAAGAAUAAAUUGUAUUUUGAUACACA